AUGAUUACAUGCGACUGCCAACGCAAGAAGGAGGAGGUCAGGUGCAAUGCGCGGGCAAAUGUGCCUGAGCCUCCCGGUCGACAAACGUCGCUCAAGUGUGACGAUGAGUGCGCCAGGUUGGAGAGAAAUCGCAAACUAGCGCUGGCUCUUCACAUUCCUGACGAUCACACCGAUGAGCACGUCCCGUACUCGACCACCACUCUCAACAUGUACCUGGAAGAUGUGGCAUGGGCUCACAAGCAAGAAGAGACCCUACGGCUCUUCGCGGCGGACGAGAAGGAGAAGAGAUAUCCCUUCCCACCCAUGAAAAGCCGGCAGCGAGCCUUCAUCCACAGUCUUGCCGAAGAUUUCGGGUUGGACGGGGAGAGUCUGGACCCAGAGCCGCAUCGACAUGUUGUCUUAUUCAAAACUCCCAAAUUUGUCGCUGCUCCCAUGAAAACCCUAGCCCAGGCAGCCAGGAUCAAGCGAGCACAGUUGAAUGUGUCAGCUCCUGUGCAAUCGACGCCGGAUCGAAAAGCAGACGAAGUUAAGCACGACUACAACGGGUUGUUGUUGACCAAGCCCCGAUUUGCACUGACCGAAGACGAACUGGGGCCUCUUAUCAAGAAGUCCGCCCCUAGCAUGGAGUUCGAUAUCAUCUUUCUGUCCAACGAUGAAGGCGUAGCUCUUUUACCCACCCUCUCCUCUGACACUCCUGAACAGCUGGUCACUCUUCUUACAAGUCUGCAGCCCACGAUUGCCGGCGAGGUAACAAAGCAUGGCCUCGGUGCAUCGGUUGUCCUCUGUCAAUUCGACACCUCGGACCUCGAGCCGAAGAUUCUUCAGCAACAAGGCAGACCGAUUCCGUCACUUACGGACGGAUGGUCUCAAGUUGCGGCGAAGAGAGCAGCACCUGUUGUAGCGCCUCAAGUCAAGCCCGUCGGUCAACGACCAGUAUACACGGUAUUGGGCAGUCGGUUGGCUGAAGCCAAGAGGAAGAAGCAGGAGAACGAGGAGAAGCUGCGGAAGAAAGCACAGCAGCAAGAGGUUGUAGAGGAUUGGGAGAAGGAGAUGGAGCAAGAAGAAAAUGAUGCAGCGACAAAGGGGGAAUAG